AUGGUUAGUCACGUCUUUCACGACUAUUCCAGCUUUGAAAACGCCACCACUGUGGCUGGUGUCUUCCAGAAUUUCAACAAGUUGCCAAACUUGAGUUUGGCAGAGAAGAUUUGGGGUAGUAUCUACUACUACAUUGGUAACGAUUUGUUCGCUACCGGAUGCAUCUUCUUCUUCGUCCACGAAGUGGUUUACUUUGGAAGAAGUUUGCCAUGGUUCAUCAUCGACAGAAUCCCAUUCUUCAACAAAUACAAGAUUCAAGAUACCAAGCUCCCAAGCUCUCAGGAACAGUGGGAAUGCUUCAAGUCUGUGUUCAUUCACCACUUUGUUCUCGAGGCUUUCCCAAUCUGGUUCUUCCACCCUCUCUGCCAGUACAUUGGUAUUAGCUACGAAAUUCCUUUCCCAACCUACAAGACCAUGGCCUUACAGUUGGCAGUUUUCUUCGUUCUUGAAGACACCUGGCACUACUGGUUCCACCGUGCCUUACACUACGGUGUCUUCUACAAGUACAUUCACAAGCAACAUCACAGAUACGCUGCUCCUUUUGGUUUGGCUGCUGAGUACGCCCACCCAGUCGAAGUCUUUUUGUUGGGUUUGGGUACCGUCGGUAUUCCAAUUGUCUGGUGCUACUUCACCAGAGACUUGCAUCUUUUCACCAUCUGUGUCUGGAUCACCUUGAGAUUGUUCCAAGCCAUUGACUCUCACUCUGGCUAUGAAUUCCCUUGGUCAUUGCACAACUUCCUCCCAUUCUGGGCUGGUGCCGACCACCACGACUUGCACCACCACUACUUCGUUGGUGGUUACGCCUCUUCUUUCAGAUGGUGGGAUUACCUUUUGGACACCGAGGCUGGACCUGAAGCUAAGGCCCACAGAGAAGCUAGAAUGAAGCUCAAGGCCGAAGCCGCUCAAAAGAAGAGUAUCUAA